AUGACUUUAGUUCAAGAUGACGGGAAGCCUGACAUAUUCCUUACAAGGACAUGCAAUCCAAAUUGGCCGGAAAUAAAAAAUGAGUUACUUCCUUGGCAAACGUCUCAAGAUCGACCGGUCCUUGUGUCAAGUGUUUUUCGUGCUAAGUUAGAGGAUCUUAAGAAACAACUCUUCACAAAGCACGUCCUCGGCGUGGUGGGUUCAUACGUUUAUGUCAUUGAAUUUCAAAAACGUGGUUUGCCGCAUGCACAUUUCCUCCUGAUAAUGAAACCUCCAUACAAGCUUACUAACACUGACCAUUACGACAAAACAGUAUGUGCUGAAAUUCCAGACCCAAAAAAGAAUCCUGAAAUGCACGAAUUAUUUGUCUCACACAUGAUCCAUGGUCCUUGCGGUAGCUUAAACUCUGAUUGUCCUUGUAUGAAUAAUGAGCAAAAGAAAUGUCGUUUUAUAUACCCUCGGCAAUUCAAUGAAACCACGUUACAAGGAAAGGACUCAUAUCCUGUUUACCGAAGGAGAGAUAAUGGCAUAGAGGUCUGCUCGAGUAUAACCUCUGUGAAAUAUGUGUUAAAGUAUAUUUACACGGGUCAUGACAAACAAGUUAUCAAUAUUGAUCCGGAUGGACAACCUGUCGCUAUUAAUGAGAUAAAACGGUUUCAGGAUGCACGAUAUGUCUCACCUCCAGAGGCCAUGUGGAGGAUUUUUAGCUUCCCUUUUUCUCAGAUCCACCCUUUUGUGAUGGCUUUGCAGGUGCAUCUCCCAAAUCAACAGAUGGUUAGGUUCAGUGAGGAUGAUACACUAACUAGCGUUGUGAGAAGGAGAAAGAUAGGAGAUCAAACAUAA